AUGGCCCUCGCGCUCUCCGCAUAUCCUCCGCUCAAGCUCCGUCGCAGUUUUCGAACUACCUGUUCGAUAUUCCCGGCACAGCGAGCCAAGCAGAAGCUGCUGGAGCUCAUCUCCGACCAGGAUCGAGGUCUCAGAACUCAGAAAGACGCGGCGAAGCGAGAGGCAAUCGUGAAUGCCAUCGAGUCCAUGGCGGAUAUCGGGCGCAGCUCCAUCACCACUGGCGAAUCGCUCUCUGCCACGUGGAGGCUGAUGUGGACGACGGAGAAGGAACAGCUGUUCAUCAUAGAGAAGGCGGGGCUGUUCGGGACGCGCGCCGGAGACGUUCUGCAGGUGAUCGAUGUGAAGAGAGGGAAGCUCAACAACGUUAUCACUUUCCCGCCUGACGGGGUUUUCUUCGUACGCUCUGACAUCGACAUCGCUUCCCCGCAGAGAGUCAAUUUCAGAUUCAAUAGCGCGGUGCUGAGGGGAAGAAACUGGGAGAUUCCACUUCCACCCUUUGGCCAGGGCUGGUUUGAGACUGUGUAUAUGGAUGGUGACAUGAGAGUGGCCAAGGACAUCAGAGGAGACUACUUAAUUGUUGAUCGUGCUCCUUUUAACUGGAAGGAAUGA